GAGAAACUUGCGAUGUCUUCGAGACACCGAUUGGAUUUAGAUGGCAGCGGACGCGGAGACAGAAGAAGAUCUCCUAACCGCAGAUCCCGAUCCCGCUCCCGAUCGCCACACAGACGCUCCUCCCCCGACCGGAAAAGACAGAUUGGGGCAGUUGGAAAUAUGAAGAUCCAAAUCAAUCCAUACAACAACCAGCCAUUUAGUAACCGAUAUUGGGCAAUUUGGGAGAAAAGAAGUCAAUUGCCAGUAUGGGAAUAUAAGGAAAAGUUUAUGGAGCUGCUCCGGAACAACCAGUGCAUCACUCUUGUCGGAGAAACGGGAUCCGGAAAGACCACGCAAAUCCCACAGUGGGCCGUCGAGUUCAUGAAGCAGCAGCAACAAGGACAACCACCCGGUCAAGCGAGAUUGGUGGCUUGCACACAGCCUAGACGGGUCGCUGCGAUGAGCGUUGCGACAAGAGUUGCUGAGGAAAUGGACGUAGUUUUGGGACAAGAAGUGGGAUACAGUAUUCGUUUCGAAGACUGCAUCAGCGAACGAACUGUUCUCAAAUACUGUACAGACGGUAUGUUGCUGCGAGAAGCAAUGAACAGCCCGCUCCUCGAUAAGUACAAAGUCCUUAUUCUCGACGAGGCUCACGAAAGAACACUCGCCACAGAUAUUCUUAUGGGACUGAUCAAGGAAAUCGUGAGAAAUCGAGCUGAUAUCAAGGUCGUAAUCAUGUCCGCUACAUUGGAUGCAGGAAAGUUUCAAAGAUAUUUCGAGGAUUGCCCGUUGCUCAGUGUUCCCGGAAGAACAUUCCCUGUUGAGAUCUUCUUCACUCCAAAUGCGGAGAAAGAUUAUCUAGAAGCCGCGAUCAGAACUGUAAUCCAAAUUCAUAUGGUCGAGGAGGUUGAAGGUGACAUUUUACUGUUCCUCACUGGUCAAGAAGAGAUCGAAGAAGCUUGCAAAAGAAUAGAUCGUGAGAUUCAAGCCUUGGGAGCAGAUGCUGGAGCACUCAGCUGCAUUCCGUUGUACUCUACACUUCCCCCAGCAGCACAGCAGAGAAUCUUCGAACCAGCACCACCAAAUCGACCGAAUGGAGCAAUCAGCAGAAAGUGUGUCAUCUCUACAAAUAUCGCUGAGACAUCAUUGACUAUUGAUGGCGUUGUCUUUGUUAUCGAUCCUGGAUUCUCGAAGCAAAAAGUGUACAAUCCAAGAAUUCGUGUCGAGUCGCUGCUUGUUUGUCCCAUUUCGAAAGCUUCUGCUAUGCAAAGAGCUGGACGCGCCGGAAGAACAAAGCCAGGAAAAUGUUUCCGGCUUUACACCGAAACGGCUUACGGAUCAGAAAUGCAAGAUCAAACAUAUCCUGAAAUUCUUCGGUCGAAUCUCGGAUCUGUUGUGCUGCAGCUCAAGAAGCUCGGAACCGAAGAUCUUGUGCACUUCGAUUUCAUGGAUCCUCCCGCACCAGAGACAUUGAUGAGAGCGCUGGAACUGUUAAACUAUCUUCAGGCGAUCAACGACGAUGGAGAGCUCACUGAACUAGGAAGUCUGAUGGCUGAGUUCCCGCUUGAUCCUCAGCUCGCAAAGAUGCUUAUCACAUCCACUGAACUCAAUUGCUCAAAUGAAAUUUUGUCGAUCACAGCAAUGCUCUCGGUUCCGCAGUGCUGGGUUCGUCCCAAUGAAAUGAGAACAGAAGCCGAUGAGGCGAAGGCUCGGUUUGCACAUAUUGAUGGAGAUCAUCUCACACUUCUCAAUGUCUAUCAUUCGUUCAAGCAGAAUCAAGAAGAUCCGCAGUGGUGUUACGAUAACUUCAUCAACUACAGAACUAUGAAAACUGCCGACACAGUCCGCACACAAUUGUCGCGUGUUAUGGACAAGUACAAUCUUCGACGUGUCUCAACAGACUUCAAAUCUCGAGACUAUUAUCUCAACAUCAGGAAAGCUCUUGUAGCUGGAUUUUUCAUGCAAGUCGCUCAUCUGGAACGAAGUGGACACUACGUGACGGUGAAAGAUAAUCAGCUCGUCAACCUUCAUCCAUCCACAGUUCUCGAUCAUAAGCCGGAGUGGGCACUCUACAAUGAGUUCGUGUUAACCACAAAGAACUUCAUCAGAACUGUAACUGAUGUGCGCCCUGAAUGGCUACUUCAAAUCGCCCCUCAAUACUAUGAUCUCGACAACUUCCCAGAUGGAGACACGAAACGGAAGCUGACUACUGUGAUGCAGACCCUGCAGAGAAACGCUGGCAGAGGCUAUUGAUGCCUCCGAAUCAUCUGAUCUCAUUUCCCCAAACCUCUUUUAUCCCUAUUGCCCCUUGUCAAAUUUUUUGAUUGUUUCUAUUUAUUUUUUGUUUAUUUCUUACCCCUUUCUUUUAAUUCUAUUUUCACUUUUAAAUCAAUCACCAAAUCUAAAAGGAUGAACUAUUCAUUUUAUUUGACAAUUAAUCCGUAAAUUUAGAGAAAACCGUAAAGUUAUGUUAAUUAAAGAAAAGCUCGUCAAAAU